UCAUCUAAAAAAAAAAAAAAACACUUAUAAAGCGUGUGAAGGGGCAAAUCGAGGUCGAGUGUUGGAUCGAACAAAACCCUAAAUCAAAGAAAGCAAAGACUGAAAACAAAGAUGGGAGUGGAGAAGGAAGUUUUGAGACCCGGAACCGGUCCCAAGCCUGUACCCGGUCAGAACGUCACCGUCCACUGCACUGGCUACGGGAAAAAUGGUGAUCUCUCUCAAAAAUUUUGGAGUACAAAGGAUCCUGGGCAAGAGCCAUUCAGCUUCAAAAUUGGCCAAGGUUCUGUAAUUAAAGGAUGGGAUGAAGGUGUGUUGGGAAUGCAAUUGGGAGAAGUUGCUCGUCUGCGGUGCUCUCCUGAUUAUGCUUAUGGUUCUUCUGGCUUUGCUGCUUGGGGUAUAAAGCCUAACUCUGUCCUAGUUUUUGAGAUUGAAGUCCUGCGUGCGGAGUGAAAACUCUCUGGGCAGUUGGUAGCUGUCAGUAAAACCAUAUCGUUAUUCAGAAUAACUUGCCUUGCAAUGAAGAUGUAUGAAUAUCAUGUCAUAAGAAUGUUAUAUUCCACUAUAUGAUACAUUAAGAUGCUUUUUAUGGAAAAACUUAUGAGAAAACGGUAUUACUCUAUAUGUUCAGUGAAUUUCAGCUGCGUGCCAA